AUGGCUGAUGUUCAGGAUCUGGACAGGCACUUGGCCUCACUAAAUGCAACUCCUGCAACACUGGCCGUUCUCAAGGAUCUACAUACCCAAGCUCUCGCUGAACCUCCGUAUGUCAGCACUGACAGUCAACCUGCUUCAGUUGCUUUGGAAAGAUUCGUGGCCUUGGAGCCGGAUAAGUGCGCUCUAGUUUACCUCCUCCUGCGUGCUACAGGAGCAAGACAUGUCGUCGAGGCCGGGACAUCCUUUGGCGUCAGCACUAUCUGGCUUGCCCUCGCCGUAGGACAAAAUGCAACGGUACAAGGUGCCAAUGGCAAAGUGAUCGCUACAGAGAACGAGCCUAUCAAAGCCAAGAAAGCUCGAGAGCACUGGAGCAGGGCAGGGCCAGAGGUUGAAUCCUGGAUCGAACUUAGAGAGGGCGACCUGCGAGAGACACUGAGGACUGAUCUACCAGAGGAAGUUGACUUUUUAUUACUUGACAUCUGGUCGCAGCUUGCGAUGCCUACACUCGCUCUUGUGAAGCCGCAUCUCAAAACCGGCGCCUUGAUCGUCAUUGACAAUAUCAUUUCUGGUCAAGAUGGUUACAAGAAUCUGAUUGAGCAUCUCGACGAUCCUCAGAAUGGAUUCAAAACAACUACGGCUCCAUAUAAUGGCGGUUUGCGUGUAGCUGUAUACCUGGGUUCAUUAGAUGAAUUCAGACUUGUGAAAGAGGACAAUCGAGGUAACGGGCAAACGCAAUGA